GCUUUUUGCCGUACGUCACUUCCUCCCUCCUCUCUCGCUUCCAUCUUGCUCCCCGCAUGUGUCUGCUGUUAGUUUACAGGUCAGUGCGGAGCUUUAAAUACCUUCUUCCCUGCACUGUUUUCCCCCGAUCCGACGGCAAGAGAUGAAAGAAACAAUUAUGAAUCAAGAAAAACUUGCUAAACUACAGGAACAAGUCCGCAUCGGCGGAAAGGGUAGUGCUCGCAGAAAGAAGAAGGUUGUUCACAGAACAGCAACCGCAGAUGACAAGAAGCUCCAGUUCUCCUUAAAGAAACUUGGUGUCAACAAUAUCUCUGGUAUUGAAGAGGUUAACAUGUUUACAAAUCAAGGAACAGUCAUCCACUUCAACAAUCCCAAAGUGCAGGCCUCCCUUGCAGCCAACACCUUCACCAUCACUGGCCACGCUGAGACCAAGCAGCUGACCGAGAUGCUGCCGGGUAUCCUGAACCAGCUGGGAGCCGACAGCCUGACGAGCCUCAGGAGACUUGCUGAGGCCCUGCCCAAGCAGGCUGCAGAUGGAAAAGCGCCGAUUGCAACAGUAGAAGAAGAGGAUGAUGAUGUUCCAGAUCUGGUGGAGAAUUUUGAUGAAGCAUCCAAGGAUGAGGCUAACUAGAGGAAAUUGGACUCCCUGGAGUGUCAAAACUUGACAGGACCAUGUGGGGCACAAGAUGUUUUUCUGUCUGUUUCAAGAGGUGGAAAGCUAAUAGUUGAAGUACCUGAGAAGAUGGAUAAUCUGUCAAUUUUUGGCUGUGAGCAUUCUGUAAUAUGUGCAACACCUGAACAAAGUACUUGCAUACUUUUAAUUGAAUUAUUUUUGAGUAAUUUUCUAGAAUAGUACUCUGAAGUAUUAAAAACCACCGGGGGUAGCAGUAUUUAAGUGUAAGGUAUUUUAGUACAUUCCACCUCUUCUUUUCCACCAGACUCUCCAAAUGCUUGUUGUGCUCUGUGGUGUGUAUGUCCAGUUAGAGUGAGAGAUUGUGUGUAAAACAUGGUGUUUAAAGCUCCUGCUGUACAUCUGUUUCCUCCAUGUUACUGAACCUUAAUUCUUUGUGGCCUCGCUCAAACCACCAUAUCUGGAAUAAACCUUUGCUACUGUCAAUAAAUA